GUCUCUUCCCACCCCCGGUUUCGUUGUUCCAGUAGCAUCCUUUCCGUUCCCAAUUGCCGCUCGCGAUGGAUCCGAUCGGUCCGAGCGGCCGGAUGGAUUUGUGUGCGGAUGGGAGUGGAGGGGGAACUCUCCCCGCCAGCUGAUAAGCAGCGUCCGGGCUGCACACCUUUUGGGCUGGAUGGUUAACGCAGUGCUUUCUUAUCAGCACUUCAGCGUCUUCGAAUGGGUAUGACCGUCUUGCUUUAUCGAUGUCUCCCGGCUGCUGCCCCAUCGGUAUCGGUGGUAUCACACCGGGCACGACAUCUAAUCGAACGAUUGCGGCUUUGUGAAGGGCUCUGGAGGAGUUUUUCCUCUUCUUGUAUCACUUUAUUGAAGCUUUAUAAGACACCGAGUCGUUGCGGUUCGGCACGCACCAGUCGUUGCUAUCCGUCUGUACGGGGUUGUGCAUGUGCUCGCCAUCAGCGAAAAUCUCACCCAGCGAAGACGUCCUUCUGCGCGAGAAGUUUGCAACCUGGGGACUUCGGUUAAAGUCGGUUUGGGUGUGAUUAAAGUUUAGGACAUUGCAGCCCGGUGCCAUCUAUCAAAGCAAGCAGCACAAUAUGGACCACAAUCAUGGCGGACCAGACGACAUGGAAAUGUUGUGCCCGAUGCAGAUGUCUUUCCAUGCGGGCAGCUGCGAGGUGAUCCUGUUUCCCAGCUGGGCGACAACGGAGGUCGGUGCGUUCGUCGGUGCCGUCAUCGGGUUCUUUCUGCUCGCGUUCGCGUACGAGGGGCUCAAGUACGGCCGCGAGCUGCUGCACUUUUCCGAUGCGUCCAAGCGCGGCGGCGAGGUGAACGAUAAGCGUACGCUCCGGCAAGCGCUGCUGAACCGGGUGCACAUCAUCCAGACGCUGCUGCACCUGCUGCAGGUGAGCGUCUCCUACCUGCUGAUGCUGAUCGUGAUGACGUACAACUGCUGGCUGUGUCUGGCGGUGGUGCUGGGCGCGAUGUGCGGCUACUACGUGUUCGGCUGGGUGCGGAACAGCUCCGUCGACCCGACCGAGCACUGCAACUGAGUGCAGAGGGACCUCUGCGCCACUAGUUCGCUACCGAAACGGCCUUCAACUGCCACAAUCUGAUGAGACCUCCACUUACUGUUUUGUAGUUUCUAAAAUAAAUCUCUAAGCAUGCAUAAUA